AUGGCCACCGACAGCCCCCUCGCAGGCACGCCCGCGGCCGACUCCCUCACCACAACCACCACCCCCCAAACACAAUCUCAACCCCAAUCUCAAGCACAAACAGGCCGCCCCGGUGGCGCCCCAGCGCGCGUGUACAUGAACGAGAAUAUCGUGCCGUAUUUGCUGGAGGGGAUGAAGGGUGUUGCUAAAGAGCAGCCGGCGAAUCCAUUGCGCGUGCUGGGGGAGUUUCUGAUUCAGAAGAGUGCUGAGGUUGAGGGAAAGGCUCCUGAGUAG